AUCGCGUACCGCAGCUUCAAGUUACACUUGCUGGACUUUCGUUGCUUGCCGCUGUUGACAGCUAGGCAGCAGCUUUCCUGGUUCUCUGUGAAAGCUGUGUUUCUUCUUUCGGCCUGCCGGACUUUCGAAAAAGAGCACCGAAAAAUGACAUUACAGUCGAGGAUUUAGUUAGUUUGUGUCCUUGAAUACUUGAAUUGAACCGUUGACUCGUCACCAUGAGAAGCAGGAGCAACUCCGGCGUUAAAUUGGACAACUAUGCCCGGAUAGUGCAGCAAACUAUCCUGCGGCACCAAGAUCCAGUAACGGGUCUUCUGCCAGCCAGCGGCGAUCAGCCAGAUGCCUGGGUCAGAGACAAUGUUUACGCCAUCGUGUCUGUGUGGGCCCUGAGCCUGGCCUACAGGAAGAACGCAGACAGGGAUGAAGACAAGGCCAAGGCCUACGAGCUGGAGCAGAGUGUGGUAAAGCUAAUGAGAGGAAUCCUUCAGUGUAUUAUGAGGCAGCUGGAUAAAGUGGAGAAGUUUAAAUACAGCAAAAGCACCUCGGACUCGCUCCACGCCAAGUACAACACCAAGACCUGCGCACCUAUUGUUGGAGACGACCAGUGGGGUCACCUACAGGUCGACGCCACCUCACUGUUCCUGCUCUUCCUCGCUCAGAUGACUGCAUCUGGUCUUCAUAUUGUCUACACCCAAGAUGAAGUGGACGUUGUUCAGAAUCUCAUGUUCUACAUUGAGGCAGCUUACAAAGUGGCUGAUUAUGGGAUGUGGGAAAGAGGGGACAAAACCAAUCAGGGCAUCACUGAGAUUAACGCCAGCUCUAUAGGCACAGCCAAGGCAGCUCUGGAGGCGUUGGAUGAACUCAACCUGUUUGGAGCAAAAGGAGGACCUGGAUCUGUGGUCCACGCCCUGGCUGAUGACAUACAGCACUGCCAGUCCAUCCUGACCUCCAUGUUACCCAGAGCAUCCAUCUCCAAAGAGGUGGAUGCCGGCGUCCUGGCCAUCCUCACCUACCCUGCCUUCGCUGUUGAGAACAUCGACAUAGUCAACAUGACCAAGGAGGAGAUCAUCUCUAAACUGCAGGGUCGAUAUGGCUGCUGCAGGUUUCUCAGAGACGGACAUAAAACACCAAAAGAGGAUCCAAACCGUCUGUAUUACGAGUCUGCUGAGCUGAAGCUGUUUGAGAACAUCGAGUGUGAGUGGCCACUGUUCUGGACCUACCUCAUACUGGAUGGCAUUUUUACCAACAGCCCUGAGCAGGUGCAAGAGUACCAGGAGGCUCUGGAAGGCAUCCUGAUCAAGCAGAAAGACGGGAUACGACUGUUCCCAGAGCUCUACAGUGUCCCUCCAGAAAAGGUGGAGGAGGAGUAUGAAAACCCUCACUCUGUGGAGAGGGUUCCUAUGGGAAAAUUACCUCUGAAAUGGGGACAGUCUCUGUACGUCCUCGGAAACCUUCUGAGUGACGGUUUUCUUGCCCCUGGAGAGAUUGACCCUCUUAACCGACGUUUCUCCACCAUCCCCAAGCCUGAUGUAGUCGUACAAGUGUCCAUUCUGGCAGAGACUGAGGAGAUUAAACGAAUGCUGAUGAGGAACGGUAUCGAGGUGGAGGCUGUGGCUGACAUCCAUCCCAUCCACCUCCAGCCCUCCAGAGUCCUCAGCCACAUCUACGCCAGACUCGGUCGUAACCCGAGGCUCGGUCUGACGGGACGACCCUACAGGAGAAUAGGAGUGCUGGGAACCUCCAAGUUCUACAUCAUCAGAAACAGCGUGUUCGCAUUCACACCUCAGUUCAUCGACCACCAGCAGUUCUAUCUGGCGUUGGACAACAAAAUGAUCGUGGAGAUGCUGAGGACAGAAAUCGCCUACCUGGCAUCAAGGUGGAGGAUGACCGGACGACCCACCAUCACUCUCCCCAUUUCACAGAAUAUGCUGACUGCGGACCACUCAGAGGUGGACCCUGCAGUCUUGGCUACACUGAAGAAGUUACAGGAUGGAUACUACGGAGGGGCAAGGAUCCAGACGGGAAAGCUGUCGGAGUUCUUGACCACUUCCUGUUUGGCUCACCUCAGCUUCCUGGACGGUAAGGGUACUGGCAGCAUGGUCCGGCACGACGCAGAGUAUGAUGAUGGUGAUGAUGAUGAUGAUGAUGAUGGGAGUGACGGCGAUGGAUACGUGCAUGAGUUACGUUGUGACGAUGAGGCUGACGACCUGGCCCAGUACCUGGACCACCUGUUGGCCCAGUCUGCUCCCAAGAAGCCCAAACGGAAGUUGGGGGCGUUGGGGAAGUUCAAGGCUCUGGCCAACAAAACUAAGGAGAUGGUGUCUCUGAUGAAAACUGCUCAGGACCUCGACAUUCAGAAUGUCCAAAUGUACCUGCCGAACAAGUUGUUCCGCUCUGCUCAGCAGUCGCUGCACCUCCCAGAAAUCUCUGAACAGCAUCAGGCUCCAGAAGUGGCGGUCUCAGAGUGCGGCAUCCCCAGAGACGCCAGCGGAAACGUCGACCACGAGGCUUUGGUCCAUCUGCUGAAAGACACACACAGUCUCCAGGACCAGGCUGAUAUUCUCUACAUCCUCUUCAAAGACAAGGGUAAAGACUGGGACACACAACUUCACGGUAAAGGCUCCACGGUUCAAUCUCUGCUGACUGACCUUUACGAGAAGGCGGGCGAACUCAAACAGUGGGGACUUGUCAGGAUGAUGUCCGGCGUUCUGAAGAAGAAGGUUGAGGAGCUGGACUCGGCGUGCUCUGAUUUGCUGGCGCACCAGAAGCACCUGACAGUGGGUCUUCCUCCUGAACCCAGAGAGAAAACCAUCACAGCCCCCAUACCUCCAGACCAGCUGUCCGCCCUCAUCGACGAGGCCAGCGACAACAACAUCAGCGUCGCCAUCCUCACUCAGGAGAUCAUGGUGUACCUGGCUAUGAGCAUCAGGACUCAGCCCAAACUGUUCAGCGAGAUGUUCAGGCUCCGCAUCGGUCUCAUCAUCCAGGUCAUGGCUACUGAACUGGCGCAUUCGCUCAGCUGCUCAGGAGACGAGGCUACAGAGAGUUUGAUGAGUCUGAGUCCGUCCGAGCUGAAGAACCUUCUUCACCACAUCCUCAGCGGGAAAGAGUUCGGAGUGCAGCGCAGCGUGCGAGAGAAGGAACUUGGCAGCGCUGCCAUCUCCAUCCAUCACCUGGGUAACGUGGGCGCCACCAAGAGCGAGAGAGCCGGCAUCAGCAAACUGAAGAGCGACAUGAAGAUGGCGGAGCGCAGGUUGUCACUGAUGGAUCCUUCUAAGGAAUCCAGGCUGUCUGUAACAGAUCCAGUUAAUGAGAUGGAUCGCAGGGUCUCUCUGCCAGCCAUAGUUCAGGGGUACAGAAUUCCGUCGAUUGAAGCUCUGGAUGUUCCGGAGAGUACUCCCCAUGCCAAGGAUACCAGACACGGACAAUGGCUGCGCAGGAGACGUCUGGACGGAGCGUUGAACCGAGUCCCCGUCGGCUUCUACCAGAAAGUCUGGAAGAUCCUGCAGAAGUGUCAUGGUCUGUCCAUAGAGGGCUUUGUCCUUCCUGCUUCAACCACCAGAGAGAUGACCCCCGGCGAGAUCAAGUUCUCCGUCCAUGUGGAGACGGUUUUGAACCGCGUCCCCCAGCCUGAGUACAGACAGCUGCUGGUGGAGGCCAUCCUCGUCCUCACCAUGCUGGCCGAUGUAGAGAUCGAGAGCAUUGGCUCCGUCAUCCACGUGGAGAAGAUCGUCCACCUCGCCAACGACAUGUUCUUCAAGGAUCAGAAGGACCUAGGAGCAGAGCAGCACAUCCUGGAGAAGGACCCGUCCACCGGAGUGUGCAGGCUGCUGUACGACAGCGCCCCCAGCGGCCGCUUUGGCAGCAUGACCUACCUCACCAAAGCUGUGGCGGCGUACGUGCAGGACUUCCUGCCCAGCGAGUCGUGCGCUGUGCAGUGAGAGGACGCCGCAAAGCAGAGCAGAGCAGGGGGGUGAAACCACCUUAUACAACAUUUUUCACGUAAAAAUAACUACUUAAAUAGGAUCUGUUGCAUAUCGUCACUGUGUUUUAGAAACUGUCGGUCACUUAAAUGAGACACGUGUUACAGAAUAUUUCAUUUAUAAGUUAUGUGUGGAAAAAUCGUAAAAAGUCGUCUGAUCAAACAUCAACUCUAACAGCACACUCAUAUCAAUUUUUGACACAAAUAAAUCUAAAUAACUUAAGUUUCUUUUAAGAUAUCACUCUGAGUUUGUGUUUUAAUUGAGCAUUAACACAGGUUCACUGCCUGUCUCUAUGGCAACCUCCUCCUCUAAUCACCACACAAACUGUAGCAGCAAUUACCUCAGCGUCAGUAUCUGGCUGGUGUUAUUUGAUGUGUUUCUUACUGUAAAUAAAUCCCAUAAGACAAAAACCGACAAUGUGUUUGUCCAACUCUUAAAAUCUUUUUGACUCUGUUGGUUCCUACUGAACAUGUAAAUCUUUAAAAACAGGUCAUAAAUACAUAGUUUAAGUUUAAAA